AUGCCAGACAUCGUUCCGAGUCAGGAUGCUUAUGAACGGGGCGAGAUAGACAAGCAGUUGGGCACUGCCGUUCAGUCUCAGUCCUCCCACCAGGAUGGCUCCUCUAUAUUGGCGCGUAUUCGCAGGUUCUGCGCGUUCCUCGGUCCAGGUGCCAUCAUAUCUGUCGCAUAUAUAGAUCCGGACAACUAUCAGACAGCCAUCUCAUCUGGCGGUUCGUUUCAGUAUAAAUUACUGUUUAUGGUUCUCGUCUCGAACCUGAUAGCCAUUUACCUCCAGGCUCUCUGUGUCAAGCUAGGGACAGUCACAGGCUUGGAUCUCGCACAGCUAAAUCAUCGUCAUCUUCCUCGGUGGCUCGAUCUAUCCAUAUACGCAAUCGCAGAGGCCUGUAUCAUCUGCACCGACCUGGGGCAGGUCAUAGGAACCGCAAUUUCUCUGAACAUCUUGAUCCCGAAGCUACCUCUCUCGGCUGCCUGUUGCAUAUCGGUGGUCGAGACACUGCUCAUCCUCCUCUUCUACAAGCCCAACGGGGAACUGAGGCGGAUCCGACUCUUUGAGGUCUUCAUUGGAAUGUUGGUCGCCGCAGUGUUUUUCACCAUCUGCCUCCUCCUUGCCAGGAUCUCGGCCCCUGCGGGUCCUGUAUUUAAAGGGUUUCUGCCGUCACGCGACAUCUUCGUUGGCGAAGGGCUGUACGAGUCUUGUGCACUCCUUGGUGGUACGUUGAUGCCCCAUACCAUCUACCUCGGGACGGCACUCUCGCGGUCCAGGCUGUACAAUUUCGACGAGAAGCACAACCUCAUCAGCCCGAGCGUAAGCUCGGAAAGCCUGUACCGACCGUCACUCCAAGCGAUCCGGUCGUGUUUGUCGUACUCAGUCGCGGAACUCUGCAUCACCUUAGGGACUGUGGCAGUGUUUACAAACUCCGCCCUGGUCAUUAUCUCGGGGGCAGCAUUUUACGGUCCAGGAAGUGACGACCUUUCCGAUGAUAUUUAUUCGUUGCAUGACCUCUUCUCGUCCGUGAUCGCACCGGCGGCUGGUACGCUUUUCGCCGUGUCUCUUCUGUUUUCAGGUGUGAGUGCGGGAAUCGUGGCGACGAUGGCAGGGCAGGUGGUGAUGGAGGGUGCACUUCAAAUCCGCGUGUCACCUUUUGUCAGAAGGUUGACGACACGGUGCGUGGCGAUUAUCCCAGCCCUGGUGGUGGCUGUCUCCGUGGGCCAGGACGGCUUGUCACAGGCACUGGUUGCCUGCAAUUACAUACUGGCGAUUGGGCUGAUCUUUGUGACGUUUCCUCUGGUAUACUAUACCAGCACAGCCAGGUACAUGAGCGUGCCGAGCGACGAGGGCACUGGCCUGGUGAGCAUGAGCAACAAUUUGGCAACAACUACUGUGGCAUAUCUGAUCUGGGCAGCCGUUGUCUUUAUGGACCUAGCUACUGUUGUUCUGGUCGGUAUGGGGAUUGAAGACGACUGA